UCGCUUCGUUGCAAUGAGACUUUCGUACUGUGUCUAUUGUAUUAUUCCCACUUCUGUUGUCACGGGUAUUGUGAGACGUGAAGCUAAUCGCACAAAUCUUGCUGGGCUGGUGGUAUACGACUGCUCGCGCAACACGGCCCCACUUUGUCCAUGGGAAACCGGUUUCCUGCCAACGCCUUGCCCAACCCUGCUUCCAUCCCAGUUGCCUACACUUGGUAUUCCACCGUAGAGAUCCUCGCUGAACAACUUGCACUUUGCCAUUCUCAAUGUGUAAUAUCAAUUGCGCGCACAGAAAGGCACAAUGCCGGAACAAAAGUCCGCGUUCGAUACGCCGUGGUUUAAUGCGCAAGAUGCCGGCUGGUUCAAUCAGUUGAACAAAUCGAAAAUCCCCCGGCUAGUCCUGACGGCCGAAACGGAAGACUUCGACGACGAGGUUGUCCGGCAGUUCCGCGAUGAGGGCUUCGACACCGCCUACGUGCCCCUGCUGAACGGCGGGAACGACUUUGUCGAGCGCGUGCAUCGCGCCGGCGACAGUUUCGGGGUGGGAGAGUACUAUGGCAUCGUUGCUUACGGCGACGCAGCAUCCCUCAUGCUAGAAGCACAUCUCAAACCCAACAAUCCGCGCCUCGUAGCAGUAAUAGCAUACUACCCCACCACCAUCCCGUCAGUCAACACCAAAUUCCCCCCAAGCGUCAAAGUGCUCGUCCACCUAGCCGGAAGCGAAGUAGGCGUGCGCCGCACCACCGAAGUCCUCGGCAUCCAAGGGAAGCGCAAAACGGUGCGCAAGCGCAUCGAUCCCGGCGAAGGGCACGGCGGGAGUUUGAAGCUGGGCUACCAGGCUUACACGUACGGCGGUGCGGAGCCGGGGUUCGCGGAGCACGAUUUGGAGGAGUUUGAGGGUGUUGCGGAGGGGGUGGCGUUUACGCGGACUCUGGCGACGUUGAGGCAAGCGUUUCGCAUUGAGGGGGGUGUGGAGGGGGUGAGGGAUGGGUUUGUGGGUGCUAGUGGGGCGAUCGGGGGCGGGAGGGGGGUGCAGAGGGAGAAGGUUGUUGGGCAGCUGAGGGAGUUUGCGAGCGUUGUUCAUGCGCCUACGUUGACGGGGGGUGUUGGGAGGAAGGAUCUGGAGAGCUUCUAUGCGCGCUUCUUCGCGCCGUUGCCGCCUUCUUUUGCUGCGAGGUUGUUGUCGAGGACGAUUGGGACGGAUCGCGUGGUGGAUGAGUUGUUUGUGAGUUUUACGCAUUCUUCGCCUGUGCCGUGGAUUUUGCCGGGGAUUCCGCCGACAAAUAAAGCGGUGGAGGUUGUCGUUGUUAGCAUUGUGUGUGUUCGUGGCGGGAGGGUGGAAAGCGAGCAUGUGUAUUGGGAUCAGGCGUCUGUGCUUGCGCAGAUUGGCCUCAUCAAUCCCAAGGCUGUGUCGGAGACGAUGAAAAAGAAGGGGGUGAAGAGCUUGCCUAUUGUGGGUGCUGAGGGCGCGAGGGCGAUUAAGAGGGGGAGCAGUAAACAUAUGAACGCGUUGAUUGCAGACUGGUAG